AUGCAUCAACUCUUCAGACUGGUCUUGGGACAAAAAGAUCUUUCACGAGCCGGCGACCUCUUCUCCUUAGAUGACUCUGAGAUUGAAGACAGCCUGACAGAAGCCUUGGAGCAAAUUAAAAUCAUUAGCUCAUCUUCAGAUUACCAAACCAAUAACAAUGACCAAGCAGUGGUUGAAAUCUGUAUCACACGAAUCACAACAGCCAUCAGAGAAACAGAGUCGAUUGAAAAGCACGCAAAGGCCCUUGUGGGGCUCUGGGACUCCUGCCUGGAACACAACCUGAGACCAUCCGGGAAAGACGAAGACACUCCCCACGCAAAAAUCGCGUCUGAUAUCAUGAGUUGCAUUUUACAGAAUUACAACCGGCCCCCUGUGAUGGCAUUAGCCAUCCCCAUUGCAGUGAAAUUCCUCCACAGAGGCAACAAGGAACUGUGCAGGAAUAUGUCCAACUACCUGUCCCUGGCUGCAAUUACCAAGGCAGACCUCCUGGCUGAUCACACAGAGGUUAUAGUAAAGAGCAUACUCCAAGGUAAUGCCAUGUUGUUGAGGGUGUUACCUGCUGUUUACGAUAAGCAGCCUCAGCCAAUUAACAGACACUUGACAGAACUCCUAGCCUUGAUGUCUCAGCUGGAACAACCAGAACAGUACCAUCUUUUACGGCUUUUGCAUGUAGCUGCAAAGAGGAAGCAACCGGAGGUGGUUCAGAAGUGUAUUCCUUUCCUAAUCGGGCAUUUGAAGGAUUCGACCCAUAACGACGUCAUCCUAAGCAUCCUCAUAGAAAUAGCAGGCUACGAGCCAGUGGCUUUGAACAGUUUUCUUCCAAUGCUGAAAGAGAUUGCUGAGAGAUUCCCCUACCUCAUUGGACAAAUGGCGAGAAUCUAUGGAGCUGUUGGGCAUGUGGAUGAAGAGAGAGCCAGGAGCUGCUUGCCGUUCCUGGUGAGUCAGCUGGCCAGCAUGGAGCACUCGUUUCACCAUAUUCUCCUGCUGGAGAUUAAGAGCAUCACAGACACCUUCUCCUCCAUCCUGGGCCCUCAGAGCAGAGACAUCUUCCGCAUGAGCAACAGCUUCACUGCCAUUGCCAAGCUCCUUACGCGACAACUGGAAACCACCAAGGCCAGAAGUGACAGGAGAAAACCCAGCACUGAAAUUGAAUUUCUUGAGAAUCUGGAAGAAGCCAGCCUCACUGUUGAUGAAAAUGAAGACCGUGAAAAGCUCCAGGUUAAAAUACAGGCUUUUGAAGAGAAAAUAAAUGCUGAGGGCAACACCCCUGGCUCAAUCAGAAGAUACAGUUUGGACCAAAUUUCUAAGGAGGAAAGAAAAGACAUUAGAUUUAAUAGGUCAAAGAGUUUGGCUUUGCACACCGCGCUAACGAAUGACUUGAGUUCAGAGGAUGGGGAAGUUGUAGAGAGUGGAGAUACGCCAGCCAGCAUCUCUCUUUCAGAAAUAGACCCACUUGGCCAAGGACAUGACAGGUCGCCCUUUAAGGGAGACACUGAUGGAUCACAACUGGUAAAUUCUUCAGUUUCACACCCAAGUAUUAUACAUAUAGAAUCUGAGAAUUUGCCAGAAACAGUUAAAGAAAACUAUCAGGAAGAAACUCCAGAUACAACCUCAAGGCCUGUAGAAUACCAUGAUAAGCUCUACUUGCACUUAAAGGAAAACCUCAGUAAAGUGAAAGCAUAUGCUAUGGAAAUGGGAAAGAAGAUUCCAGUCCCUGACCAGUGUACCAUUGAAGAUUCUGUUAGAAGUUGUGUAGCAAAGCUGUUCUUCACUUGCUCCCUAAAGGGUCAUUAUUGCCUCUACAGUAAAUCCAGUUUUAUUCUCAUCAGCCAAGAGCCUCAGCCGUGGAUCCAGAUCAUGUUCCUAUUUCAGCAGAGCCUGUUUCCUGAGCCCCUGUCCAUACAGAGCCGUUCUGUGCAAUUUCUCAGAGCUCUGUGGGAGAAGACCCAGGCAGAGGGUGCUCACAGCUUUGAAACAGCCAUGAUGGAGUCCACAUUCCCACAGCAGAAGGAUCUGGACCAGGUACAGCUGCAUCUGGAAGAAGUGAGGUUCUUUGACGUGUUUGGCUUCAGCGAAGCAGCAGGAGCGUGGCAAUGCUUCAUGUGCAACAACCCUGAGAAAGCAACUGUUGUAAACCAAGAUGGCCAGCCUCUCAUAGAAGGAAAACUUAAAGAGAAGCAAGUCAGAUGGAAGUUCAUCAAAAGGUGGAAAACCCGCUAUUUUACACUGGCUGGAAAUCAACUUCUGUUUCAAAAAGGAAAGUCUAAAGAUGAUCCUGAUGACUCACCAAUAGAACUCAGCAAAGUACAGAGUGUGAAAGUUGUGGCCAAGAAACGCAGGGACCGCUCUCUCCCUCGGGCUUUCGAAAUCUUCACAGACAAUAAAAGCUAUGUUUUCAAGGCCAAGGAUGAGAAGAAUGCAGAAGAGUGGCUCCAGUGCAUCAAUGUGGCAGUUGCCCAAGCAAAAGAGAGGGAAAGUAGGGAAGUAACCACAUAUCUGUAG